CUCACAAAUAGUUUCACGCGCUCCAGAUGUUUUCUUCCUGCCGAUACAGUUCAGCCUGAUUGUCCUCUGUCACGUACGGAAAUCUUGUGGCACAGAGUUCUUUGAAAGAAAUGCUGAUGCUGCCGAAGUGAGAAAUUAUGAAUUAGGUGGCAACAUUAUCCAUUCUUCCAUUUAAAGUGACAGCGUACCUUUUGAGAUGGUGCCGCAGAAGUUCGAAUUUAAAAAAAUGCUUCAUCAAGAAUUUUAAAAAAUAGUUUAUUAAUUAGUUCUGGUUAAGUUUCAAUUUCCGAGAUAUAUAAAUUUAAAUAAUUUUUUUUAAGGAUUCAACAGUUGGUAUCUGAUACGCCGUUAAAUUAAUGUGUGAAGUAAUUAACAGAUUUUUGUAAACAUACCUGGAAUUUCAAACUUUUGAAAAAAGUUUUCAUUAAACGUACAUUUCUUCAGAAGCUUAUAUAAUUACUUUUUUUCCUGUAAUUACCAAUUACAAGGUUGUAAUUUUUAAAACUUAUUGAGCGCAACAGUUGGUCAAUUAUCAAUUCUGUGUUUUCCGUUGAAAUAAAAAAGUUUUCUGUUACGAAAAAACUUAACUAAAACUCUAAGGAAACUUUAAUAAUCGGUAAUAAUACUCUAAACAAUGUUAAGAAAGUAUAAUUGUUAGAAAUAUUAUGCAUGAUUUAUUCUCAACAAAUUAACGAACACAUCAAAGAAGCAUCUAAACUAAACGUUCAAGUAGUCUUGUAUUGAACUUUGAAACUACAAUGGGUGAAAAUAUGAGACAAAUGUAUAAAGUGCUUUUUCGUAAAAAAACAACUAUGUCGGCGGAAACUUUCCAAAACAAUUUGGGAUCCUUGUCAAUUGUGGACGUCACUUGUUUAGGUCUUGCUACAGCAUUAGGCACUGGUGUAUACGCCUUGAUUGCUAUUGCUGCUCAUGAUCACGCCGGUCCUUCUGUUGUUCUAGCAGUUCUCAUGGCAGCAGUGACUUCAUGCUUGGGAGGUUUAUGCUAUUCAGAAGUGGUAACAAGAUUUCCAAAGGGAGGUUCUGCCUACAGUUAUGUGUAUUCAACUAUGGGAGAGUUGUUUGCUUUCAUUAUUGGAUGGGGCAUGGUACUGGAUUAUACUGUAGGAGCAGCACUUGCUUCAAAAGUUUGCAGCCAGUACUUGAACGCUGUACUAGACUCGAAAAUAUCUAAUUUUCUACAAGGACAUGUUGGACAGUUGAGUUUUACUGGUCUGGACAAGUUUUUAGAUUUACCGGCGGUGGCAGUGAAUUUCUGGAUUUGUAUUAUGCUGUUCUCAUCUAUUAAGAUUCUAUGCACGCUUAAUAACAUAUUUGUAGUGGUGAACUUAUUGGUGAUAUCAGGCACUGUCGUUGUUGGCAUUUUCAAUAUGGAUUCUGAAAACUGGAUUGCUGGCCUUGGCUUUUUUCCAAAUGGAAUUUCUGGAAUAAUAUCUGCAUCAUCACUUUGCUUCUUUGCAUUUGUCGGCUAUGACAUUCUAGCCAUCUGCACUAAAGCAUCUCCACAUCGCUCCCAUACAUUUCCAUCAACUGUCAGUUCUAUCUUCGUCAUUGGUCUUCUAAGUUGCUUCAGUAUAUCUAUUAUUCUGACCCUACUUGUGCCAUUUUCGAUGAUUGAGGCUGAGGCACCAUUGUUACAGGCAUUUGACGUACGACAAGUUGAUGGAAUGAAGUAUUUUAUCGCCAUCGGUGCAUUGUUUGGACUUAUCUCUUCAGUGGUUGCUUCUUUGGUUUCACUAGUCAAACUUUUUGAAUCAUUAGGAGCAGACGGACUUCUCUUUAAAUUUCUGAGUAGAACUCAAAGCCAUUCCUUACUGGCCGCUGGAGUCCUGUCUUCCAUUCUGUCUUUACUCUGCAGUACCAAAACUUUAGUGCAUGUUCUAGGAAUGGGCACUUUGACCGCUUACAUGUCUAUUGCCCUUUGUGUUCUGUGCACUAGAUAUGGAGUAGGAUCGCGAUUCCGAGCAGAUGCGCUCGAACGAACAACUCUGGAUUCGUUGGAACUGUAUGAGGAAGACUCGCCAAAUGAUGUUAAAACAACAGAUAAAUGCAGCGAAAAACUGUGCCAAACGGAAAAAGAUCAUAUGAAUGAUCACACAAAACCAAUUUACGGUACCUUGAGUACAAAAUCUGUGUCAGUGGAUUUCAUCGAUGAAUCGUACAUGACGUGCUUAUCAGAACUAUCACCACAUUGGACCAAACAGGAACCAAAUCACAGAUCUGCAGCCACCGUAGCAGGUCUCAUUGGAGCUGCUUUACUUGUAAUGCUGCUGAUGGGAGUCAUGACUUUACACAUUCCUAAAUUAUUGCCCCAAAACCACCUGUGGACAGAGCUUUUCGCUUGUGUACUGUUUUUACUUAUUAUUGGAUGCGCGGCAGCUAUUUUCAGACAACCAAAACACAAACCCCAAAUUAACAACAAAGUGCCAUGCAUCCCUUUUCUUCCAUUAAUCUCUAUUUGGAUGAAUGUACAUUUGAUCGUUGGUCUUCCAUACACUGCAUGGCUCUUGUUUUUCAUCUGGUCUCUUAUAGGCUCUCUGCUGUACCUCAGUUACGGAAUUUGGAACAGUUCCGAACGGAAUUUUCAGGAUCCACAGGGCGUCAACCUGCUAAACGUUAACGAAGACGGCUGUGAAUGUGAUAAGGAUAAUCUCGAAGAUGAAAAACACGAACAUUAAGGAAGUAUCAUAGAUGCUUAAGUAUCAUAGAAACAUUCAUCAUAGAAACAUUCCAAACAACAAAUAUAGUUUUUAUAAAUAUGUUUUGAAAGACAUUGAUUAAAGUUUACAUGAGCA